UCCUGUCUGUAGGGAAACUCAGGCCAUGCCACACCAACUGUUUGGAGGCUUGAGGCACAGUGGGGGGAAUUUUAUCCCGUCGGGUCGACAGAUCCCCAGGACUCCUCCUCCUGCAGCCACCCACAGUGAGGAUUUUAAGCCUUCGAGCAGUGAUCCAGAUGACAGCGACCAAACCCGGGCGUGUGAUUUCAGCAGCUUGGAGGCAAAAACAGCAGCAGAUGACCCCAUUUACAUGCUGAAGGGGAUGAAGGGGUAUCAGCUGACUCCGGGUGACUUGGAAUUCAUUAAAAAGAUGAAAGAAGAGCAACUCGUGAAGAAACUUGAGGGGGACUUAAAAGAGCUGCAGGAGCUGAUAAAAAUGGAAACGAUGGCCUCGGAGCAGGCGAGUGAUUCCAGGGAGAAGGCAGAGGCUGAGCUCGACACGUUUCCUUCCUGUGAGCAGCUCAGCGAGUGGACGAAAGUGGUCCUCAGAGGGAUGUCUCCUCUGACCAAUUUCACAGACCUGGACACCAAAUCUCUCCUGGCCAUGGUGACGAUACAAGACGUCCAGGACGUCAUGCAUGACAAGAAGACUGAACUCGGUCAGAUGAGGAAAAUGCUGGCAAACAAAAGAACAAAGGAAGCUGAGGAGAGAGAGCAGCUUGACAAAGAAAUGGCCACUAAACAACUGAAGAUACAGACACUGAUGAGGGAGUUAUGUGACCUGAAAUCUGAGCUUGCACAGGAAGAGGAGGCCUGUAAGCUGAAGACUUCAGAGGCGCAAACGACGUCUGUUAAAACUGCCAGAGGGAAACAGAAGAAAGUCAAAGAUCCACCAGAGGCUGCAGGAGCUACGAGAGCGAGAAGAAAGCGCGUUGCAUCUACUCUAACCACAGCUUCACGACGGAAAGAUCAACAUCCCUCACCAGCUUCUGAACCAAAUAAUCAAACUGAAGUGAAAGUUGGUGAAGCGGAGUCCAAGUCACAACAGAAGGCCCCGAAACAAAGCAGAAAAACAUCUGCAAAUGGUGCUGGACAGGAGACACAGAACACUGGUCUGAGAAGAUCCAAGAGAGUCGCCAACAGGAGGUGCAUUUGAGCACGCUUCAAUUCAAAACUGAGUCCAUACAUGAUAAUGUAUGUCAUGCACAUUUUUGUGUAGUUUUAAUCAUUAAUAUUACUAUUUCUUAUGAAUAAUAAACUUGAACCUUCCCAAAACUAGAUGAAUAUCUGAGUGUAAGAUUAAAAAUGUUACACUAUACCUAUUUUAGCAAAAUAAUA